AUGGGCAAAUUUGCUGCUCCUGUGGGACCUGAACCUACCAAAAUGAAUUUGGUUCCAGCAUAUGUUCGGCUACUUAGAGACAAUGAAGUAGAAGCACGUAUUACAGCUGCUGGAAAAGUCACUAAAUUCUCCCGUAUUUGUAGUUCAGAACUUGCAAUUCAGCAUAUUCUACCAUGUGUCAAGUUGUCUUCAGAUUCUUCUCAGCAUGUUAGAUCUGCUCUGGCCUCUGUUUUUCUCAUGAACACUGAAAAGCAUACCAUGAGCAUAUGCUUCAAAAGUCAACCAACCGCAUAUAUAUGGAAGUGGAAAAGGGGAAUGGAUCAGAUUGUCAUGCAAACAAAGGACAUUCUAAUGGAUUUGCCUUCUCUUUUUGAUGUAAAAGUUCCAUAUGGAAAACACUUCACAGUUUGUGGUGAUGUGCAUGGUCAGUUUUUUGAUUUGCUAAACAUCUUUGCACUCAAUGGUCUUCCCUCUGAUGAAAAUCCAUAUUUGUUUAAUGGUGAUUUUGUUGAUCGUGGGUCUUUCUCUGUUGAGGUUAUUCUUACACUUUUUGUAUUCAAGUGUAUGUCUCCAUCAGCUAUUAAACACUACUAUAGAAGAAGAGGACCCUGCUGUGUUUACAGGCGACACACUGUUUUUUUAGGGGACAGCAGGACAGAUGCAUGA